AUGACUCAAGUUCGGACGUUCACUCCUCCCCAGUCUCUUGGAGAGAGGCUCUCUGACCCAUCUUCUACACCCACAUCUGCAGGCGUUACUGUUCCUCGGACUCUGCCUGACAUCCCUGAACUAUCUCAACCACGACGGAAUUCUCCCCCAAGACUCAACGGCGACUACAAACGCUAUCCAAUGGCCAGUGAAUCAAGGAAGGAUGGUGGAAUCACCUUCGCAGGCCAAGACAAACUGCCAAAACUUCCCAUUCCCGAGCUAGAAUCCAGCUGUAAGAAGUACCUGGAAGCUCUAAAGCCGCUGCAAACAGCGCGGGAGCAUGCGCAGACACAGUAUGCUGUAAACGAGUUUCUCAAGAGUGAUGGCCCCGAGCUGCAGGAGAAGUUGAAGACAUACGCCCAGGGAAAGACAAGCUAUAUCGAACAGUUCUGGUACGACUCUUACCUCAACUUCGACAAUCCUGUUGUUCUCAAUCUGAACCCCUUCUUCCUCCUGGAGGAUGAUCCGACCCCCGCUCGCAACGAUCAGGUCACUCGUGCCGCCUCUUUGGUCGUCUCAUCACUUGAAUUUGUCCGUGCCGUACGCAAGGAAGAACUUGCCCCAGACAAGAUCAAGGGGACUCCUCUUUGCAUGUACCAGUUCUCAAGGCUGUUUGGAACUGCUCGAGUACCCACUGAGGAAGGUUGUCAAAUCGAACAAGAUCCUGAAUCGAAACACAUUGUCGUCAUGUGCCACGGCCAAUUUUACUGGUUUGACGUAUUGGACGAUAAUUCGGAUGUUAUCAUGAGCGAAAAAGAUAUCACCUUAAACCUCCAGACUAUCGUCGAUGAUGCGACUCAAAUUCCGAUCCAGGAUGCUGCAAAGGGGGCACUGGGAGUAUUGAGCACUGAGAACCGCAAGGUCUGGUCCGGCCUGCGAGAUGUUCUGACCAGUGAGCCAGGCUCCAACAAUGCUGAUUCUCUGGGAAUCGUGGACUCAGCUCUCUUUGUUCUUUGCUUGGACUACGCCGAGCCUGCUGAUGCUGCAGCGCUCUGCCAAAAUAUGCUUUGUGGCACGAGCGAGAUUGAGAAGGGCGUUCAGAUUGGCACUUGCACAAACCGGUGGUACGAUAAACUCCAGAUUAUUGUCUGCAAGAACGGAAGUGCUGGCAUCAACUUCGAACACACUGGCGUCGACGGCCAUACAGUUCUACGGUUCGCCAGUGACGUUUAUACCGACACUAUUCUUCGAUUCGCCCGCACCAUCAACGGUAUGGCCCCUUCACUCUGGGCCUCUUCUAGCCCCGACCCAUCUAAGCGCGAUCCCGAGAGUUUUGGCGAUGUCAGUGUUACCCCGCGAAAGUUGGAAUGGGACAUGAUUCCCGAGCUCAGUGUUGCUGUUCGCUUCGCCGAGACCCGUUUGGCCGAUUUGAUUGAGCAGAACGAGUUCCGAACAUUGGACUUUAGCCACUAUGGUAAGAACUUUAUCACAUCGAUGGGAUUUUCGCCGGAUGCUUUUGUUCAGAUGGCUUUUCAGGCCGCCUACUAUGGGCUCUAUGGCCGUGUGGAGUGUACUUAUGAGCCCGCCAUGACCAAGAUGUUCUUGCAUGGCCGAACAGAAGCAAUCAGGACGGUCUCAGAAGAAGUGGUCGAUUUUGUCCAGGCCUUUUGGGCUGAGAACCCUGCUGAAGCCAAAAUCGAGGCGCUUAGGAAGGCUUGCCAGAAGCAUACCGCGAACACCCGGCAAUGCGCAAAGGCCGAGGGCUGUGACCGACACCUAUACGCUUUGUUCUCCGUUUGGCAGAGAAGCUUGGACGAUGACCUUGAUUACAGCAACGGCUACUCUAGCCCUGGUGAUGAAUACUCUGACCAGGCCGGAACACCUAUUGGCAGUCCUGCGCAGGAUUCACACCCUGCUGUGGAUGGCGUCGAGGUGAGGCCCACGCGGGAUCGUGGCUACAGCGUCAACUCUAGAUCGCGAGACCAAGCCCCUCUCCCAGCUCUGUUUUCUGAUGCUGGAUGGGAUAAGCUUAACAACACUAUCCUUUCGACUUCUAACUGUGGCAAUCCUGCCCUUCGCCAAUUCGGCUUCGGUCCCACGUCGGGCGAUGGAUUUGGUAUUGGGUACAUUAUUAAGGAUGAAGGACUUGCUAUUUGCGUUGCUAGCAAACAUCGUCAGACAAAGCGAUUUGUCGACACUUUCGAGAGUUAUCUCCUAGAGAUCCGCCGUGUCCUUCGCGCUGGUAACCGCAAGAUGUCUAUCGGCAAAGCAAGCCGUGCUCGUGAGGUGGAAACAGAACGUCCCAAACUUCUCAAUCGCAUCAAAUCUCGAGGACGGCCUAUUACUGCAGUUGAAAGCUUGCGCUCAGCCACUGGUACCACGUCACCAACAAAUGAGAGCAGUACCUUUAGUGAAGAUGAUGAAAUGGGCGGAUAUGGCUUUUUCGAUGCCGGCAUGCUGUUGCAAGCCCUCAAGGCUCGCAGCGAGCACUUUGAAUCCUCCGAUAGUCGCACCUCGGAGAGAGCUGCUGCCGCACAGGCUCGUCGUCGCGACAUUGGAAAGAAGUUGAGAUUGAGUGAUUACUGA